UUCAAGACGGGAAGCCGCCAUCUUAAAGUGGAAGAGUUGAAAAGUUUGAAGUAGAGGAAGGUGGAAGCCGCUUAAACUUUCCAAAAUUCCUCUUUAUAGUCCAAAAAUGCCGUUGGCGCACUUAGCAGAUCCUUGGAAAAGGAUGGAGGUGGCCCAGGAUACUGAGGCCCCCUCCACUGAAGACAUGCUGGUAGAUGAACAGAAUGAUAACGACACUGACAGGGUGAUAAAUGUUGCAAAUCUCAUGAAAGAUGGAGAAAAGGUUGAACCAAAAGAUUUUGAGCUACUGAAAGUGUUGGGACAGGGCUCAUUUGGAAAGGUAUUCCUGGUCAGAAAGAUCACUGGAAAGGAUGCAGGGACACUGUAUGCAAUGAAAGUUUUAAAGAAAGCCACACUCAAAGUAAGAGAUAGGGAACGCACCAAAAUGGAGAGAGAUAUUCUAGCAGAUGUCAACCAUCCGUUUAUAGUCAAACUUCAUUAUGCAUUUCAGACAGAAGGGAAGUUAUACCUGAUCUUAGGGUUCCUCCGAGGGGGGGAUUUAUUUACCAGAUUAUCAAAAGAGGUAAUGUUUACAGAAGAAGAUGUCAAAUUUUACCUGGCUGAGCUGGCUCUCGCAUUAGAUCAUCUUCAUUCCCUUGGUAUUGUUUAUCGAGACCUCAAACCUGAGAAUAUUCUGCUGGAUCAUGAAGGUCACAUCAAACUGACCGAUUUCGGUCUGAGCAAAGAAUCAAUAUUUGAGGAGAAAAAGACUUACUCUUUCUGUGGAACUGUAGAAUACAUGGCCCCGGAGGUGGUCAACAGGAAGGGUCACAGUACGGCCGCUGACUGGUGGUCAUUCGGUGUCCUCAUGUUUGAGAUGUUAACUGGUGCUCUCCCCUUUCAAGGAUCAAAUAGAAAAGAUACCAUGACUCAAAUCUUAAAAGCCAAAUUAGGAAUGCCACAGUUUUUGUCCUCAGACGCUCAACAGUUGUUACGUGCUUUGUUUAAAAGAAAUCCAUUGAAUAGGUUAGGCUCAGGACCAAAUGGCAUAGAAGAUAUUAAGAAACAACCCUUUUUCAGCAAUAUAGACUUUGAUAAACUUUAUAAACGUGCUUUAAAUCCUCCGUUUAAACCAGCUGUGGUACAGACUGAUGAUGCAUUUUAUUUUGACCCAGAAUUCACUACACGCACACCCAAAGAUUCCCCAGGAAUUCCCCCUAGUGCUACAGCCCAUGAGUUAUUCCGAGGAUUCAGUUUUGUGGCACCAGCUUUACUAGGAGAAGAAAACCAUGUUUCCAACUCUAUAUUAGAUAAUCAAAUUGCCUUAAAAUCACUACCCGGUGUAAAGUGUACAGCUUUCUCAGAUGAAUAUGAAACAAAAGAGGAUAUUGGAAUAGGAUCGUAUUCUGUGUGUAAGCGUUGUAUACACAAAGGCUCAGGACAGCAAUUUGCUGUCAAGAUAAUGGACAAAGAGAAGAGGGACCCAUCAGAGGAAGUAGAAAUCUUGUUGAGGUUUGGUCACCAUCCAAACAUCAUCUCCCUUAGAGAUGUGUUUGAUAAUGGCAAUAAAGUAUAUAUGGUGACAGAGUUAAUGCAAGGUGGAGAAUUAUUGGACAAAAUCUUAAGGCAGCGAUUCUUCUCAGAAAGGGAAGCCAGUGCAGUUCUACAAAUAGUAGCUAAGACUGUAGAAUAUCUGCAUGCAAAUGGAGUUGUACAUAGAGAUCUGAAGCCAUCCAACAUUCUGUACGCUGAUAAUUCAGGCUCACCAGACAGCCUGCGUAUUUGCGACUUUGGAUUCGCAAAGCAGCUGAGAGCAGACAACGGCCUUCUUAUGACCCCAUGCUACACAGCAAACUUUGUGGCACCUGAGGUCCUGAAAAGACAAGGCUAUGAUGCAGCCUGUGAUAUCUGGAGUCUGGGUGUCCUCCUCUACACAAUGCUAGCAGGGCACACACCAUUUGCCAAUGGACCAAAUGAUACCCCCAAUGAUAUCCUAUCUCGUAUUGGAGAGGGCAAAUUUACCUUGGCAGGGGGGAACUGGGACUCUGUCUCAGCAGCUGCAAAGGAUCUUGUACAAAAAAUGUUACAUGUUGACCCUGGGAGCCGAUUGUCAGCUACACAGGUCCUAAAUCAUCCUUGGGUAGCUCAAAGAGAGGCUCUUCCACAGUUCAGGCUUACUCUCCAAGAUGCGCAGCUUGUAAAGGGAGCAAUGACUGCCACAUUUAAGGCACUGAACAAUACUCCCAAACCAACCCUGGAACCUGUUGGAGCCUCUGUUCUGGCUCAACGUAGGGGGAAAAACAGACCAAAGAGUUCUACAGCAGUUUGAUCCUAGUAUUAUACAUCUUCAUGUAUCAAUCAUGUGUGACAGCGUCGAUCAUGUGUGACAUAUCAGAGGGAGCUAUUUGUUAUGGAUCAGUGAAUGAGAGAAGGUUGUAGUUCUCUAUCAUGCUAGAGAGCCAAUUCCAAGAAAAGAAAACUAUACCUUUUUAUCUAAAGAUUUUUUCUAUGUUUUUUUUGUCAUAUUUUUGACAAGUUCUUGUUGUAUUUAAUCAUUUGAUAUCUAACGUGUGAUUGCUAUCACUAACAAAGUACUACAAAUUGUUAAUAUUUAUUUUCUAAAUUUUGGGGGAAAUCAGAGGAUCUAAAAAAAGAGACAAUGCAGAAUGUAAUCCUGUAAAUAUAUUUACAGCAAUUGUACAUACAGAGUAAAACUCUUGGGUUUAUAUCAAGGAGAAUCACAGAUACAAGUUUAAUUAUAAAUUUUAUAUUCAGCAUUCAACAAAAGUUUUUUUUUUUAAAAAGUUGAAAGAUAUGUUGAAUUAUCUUUACAAAGAAAAUUGAUCUACCUCCAGUAUAAGGUGUUUUUGUGGAAUUCCAAUUGCAAUAUUAUAGGGCGUGUGAUAUUCUGUAAAGUUUGUGGAAAGGAUGAAAUAAUGUACUGGUAUUUUGUAAAACUCUGCUGCAGUAGAUAAGUAAAUUAUUUACAUCAUUGAAUAGCUCGAGGGUUAUAACAGUGAGAUUUGCAGCAAGUUCUCUUGGGCUCAGUUGAUACUUUAUAGCCUGCCCUACAUCUGAAGCUCUUUUCAGUGAGUGGUAGAAGCUCCUUUUCCCAAUUUUAAAUUUUCACUGGGAAAAAAAAAAAAUCUGAACAGAACCUUUUUUUUUGUAUUAUCUCUAUAGUGUUCAAUUUUUUUUCUAAUAAAACUAUUAAGAGUAUAUGUAUUAGAACUAUUUUGACCUAACACUAAAAUAUAACUUUGAUUAACAGUAUUUGGUAUUGCUUGGGGUAAUUUUUAUAUGUGUGAACAUCUGGAUUACUUUGUUUUACUAACAUUUGAAAUAGCAUACUUAAGUGGUCUAUAGCGCACAUGCUUAUGUUUAUCAUCAGUGAAUGAAAAAUUUACAAGUGCUAAUCUCAUUCCUUUGUUUUAUAUUUUAUUUCUUAUGUGCUUUCAACUAUAUAUAUAUAUUUUUGCUUGUUACAUGUAUUUGUAGUUGAUGAAUUAUUUUGAGAGAGAUGUUACUUUUUGAAACACAUUCACAUAACCAUACUGCUUUAUGAAUGAAUUCAUUCUGCAGAAUAUUGUCAUAUUUCAUUUAGAGUUAUUUCCCUUGGACAGAAUUUUCAUUUCUUAACCAUGUGUAAAACUUGCUGAUAUUCUUUGAAUUUUUCAAUGUAGGGCAUUACCAAAAUAGAUUUAAAUACAUGUAAUAGUAAAAAAAAAUAUUAAUACCUGUAUUGUUCUGCAAUACCUUCUGAACACUUAGAGCAACAAAAACCUCAAAUGAUGUGAUUUAUAUUGCGGAUUCCUCUGAAGGAAUUCUAAGGUUAUACAUUCACAUGAUCUUCAACUUACAAUGUGUAAUACUAAAGACACUAAGCUAAAAUGGGGACACAAACCCCUAAUUUGUCAAUUACUGCAUGUUUGAAGGAAAUAAAUGAGUAAUUAAAAUGUAAAUGUAAGCCCCCCCCCCCCCCCCCCCCAAAAAAUCUUUACCUUCUGAGGCCCAAAAUUCACUUCGACAGGCAGGUCUGUUUUUCUUUUUGAAGCAGGCAUCUCUUGCAGUCAAUAAAAUGAUUUCAACUAAUUCUUUUCUUUGUGUACUCUUAUGUUAAUUAUAAUAUGUACUCUACUUAAGAUAAUGUUACUCCAAACAUUUUUUUUAGAAAAGUUCAUUAACUAUCAUUUUAAAACAUCUUUCUUUAUGCAAAGGGGCAUAACUCAUU